AUGGGUGGAUUGAGCAAGUUCAAAGAUCUCUUGGAUGGUGUUUCAAAGCUUCUUAUUACUUACCUUGGAAUUCCUCUCGGUGCAGACCCACGCAAAGCUCAAACGUGGAAACCAGUCAUCGAUAAGGUGGAAAACUUGUUUCAUAUGCCCAAAAAGGUGGCCAAUCGCAUUAUUCAACUGCAAAGAAGAUUCUUUUGGGGUAAGAAAGAAGGAGAAAAAGGGGGCUGCCUCAUUUCGUGGGAGACUAUUCAAAAGCCGAGGAGCCAAGGAGGCUUGGGAGUAGACGAUAUCCUAAUUAAGAAUGCCUCUCUUCUUUUCAAAUGGUGGUGGAGGUUUGCUGACAACCGAAGAACACUUUGGAAAGAGAUUGUUGAAUCUAAUCAUGAUACCACACACCUUGAGGAUUUUCUUAGAAUGAAUAACAAGAACCGAUCAUGUGUUUGGGGGCAGAUCACCGACUUUAGAAGCUUUAGUAAGGAGAAACAAGAUCUUGUUCGAGAACUGGGUAUAUGGGUGAAUGGGGAGUGGAGAUGGGCCUUCAAUUGGAGGCGAAAUCUUUUUGCGUGGGAAGAAGAAUCUUUUAGAGACCUCAUCAGCAUCGUGAAUCUUACAAAGCUGUAUGAAAACGUAAAUGACAGGAGGGUGUGGUCGAGUGACUUAUCAAAUUCCUUCUCGGUGUCUAACUUUGGUCUGCAGGUUACCAAGAUCACGGAGGACGAGAGCUCACCACAAGCUCAAGGGAGGCUCACAUGGAGAAAUAUUGCUCCUCCAAGAGCACAACUUCAAGUUUGGUUUCUCCUUCAAGGAAAAAUCAACACUAAGGAGAGGCUUUUCAGAUUGGGAGCAGCUAGAAUUGAGGAUGAUCGAUGCAUUUUGUGCAAAGAAGAGACUUAA